UGCAACACUAUUUUAUAGAGUUUGCCGCAUGGCAACAUUGACAGACUGUCAGUUUCUUUCUGUUGUCAAAUUCUGGCAAAAUGACGAAGGGAACUUCGAGCUUCGGUAAACGCCGGAAUAAGACACAUACACUAUGCAGACGAUGUGGUAGAUCUUCAUAUCACAUCCAAAAGUCCAAAUGCGCACAGUGUGGAUACCCAGCAGCUAAGCUGCGAUCCUACCACUGGUCAGUGAAGGCUAAGCGCAGGAAGACCACCGGCACCGGCCGCAUGCGUCACCUGAAGAUUGUGAGGAGGCGUUUCCGCAACGGCUUCAAGGAGGGCAAACCCACGCCUAAGAAGGUCGCCCCUGCAUCGUAGACUUAUUGCUUAACCACAAUAAAAACUUAAAAAAACCAUACAA